AUGGUCUCUUUAGGAAGUUAUGCCUUAGUGGCUCCUUUAGAAGAGACUCCUUUGAUUCUCGUUUUUGGGAUACCAUUCAUUUUGUGGUUUUGGGCCUUGUUUCUGCAGAAGAAGGCGAAAUCCCGGCUCGAGACUCUCCUAAAGCCGAUUCUCAAACGAAUCGCCGCAUGGAGAUUCUUGCUCCACGGGCCGUCCAUGAUCCAGCAGGCUUUCACACAGUCCCACGGGGAUUCUUUUGAAAUUUUGGCCCCUGAUACUCGAUAUGUUUUUGUGUCUUCGCCCAAGCACAUCAAAGAGCUCGACGAUGCGCCUGAUACCGUUCUGUCAUUACAGGCGGCUUCGAAGCAUAUGUUGCAGCCGCACUAUACGAUGCACGGUUUCAAUUGGUUCCAUCGUCGAGGCACUGAAGGUGUGGGAUUUGUGCGCGCUCUUCGCACGCUUUUGACAAACAACCUUCCUAAUAUCUUACCGGAUCUGAGUGUCAUCAUCCGGACGAGAUUCUCUCAGUUUCACGCUGAACAUCGUCUGAUAAAGGGAGAGAGGCACUCGCCUGUCUAUCAAACGAUCGUCAAGUUAGUAGUACUAUCGAACGCAAUCUCCUUCUUUGGACACGAGCUAGCGAAGGAUGAAAUACUGAUGACGGCGGCAUUGGCCUAUAUUGAGGAGACAGUAUUUUGCGCUGAGAUACUCCGCUUAUUGCCUAAGCUGCUCGUGCCCUUCGUAGGGGGCAUCAUCGCUCGUCGGAAAAAGUGCCACGAAGUUCUCUUCAAUGCUCUAAUGCCGGUAGCUGAGGAACGCUGCAGGGAGAGAGACCGUUUAAACCUCGGACAGACGGUACCCAAGCAUGCAGAUUGCAUUCAGUGGAUCAUGGAGACUUCUCCAAGAAAGGCACCCUGGACCGCGAAGCGAAUAGUCCAUGAGCUGAUGGCGAUCUGGUUCGGCUCAGUGCAUGCCAUGUCUACUACAGUUACUUUUGCAAUCCACGAUCUCUGCAUUCAUCCUGAGUACGUCGAACCGCUUCGAGAAGAGCUUAAAAAUCGUUUUGCAGAUUUCGAGCGUACCGGGAAUGGGCUCCCUUUGUUAGACAGCUUCAUCAAGGAGUCAGCACGUCUUACGCCUGUCGAAUCAUUGAGUACCAGGCGUUGUGCAAUCCAACCUUUCACACUGUCAGAUGGAACAAAAGUCAACAAGGGUGACUGGGCCUGUACACCCGUUCGCGCAAUCAUGCAGCAUAAAGACUACUAUCCUGAGCCGCUUGAAUUCAAUGGCUUCAGGUUCGUGAACCCCGCUCUUAUUGACCUCAAAGGCAAAUUCAAGUCUUGUCAACCGAAUCCCUCAAAUCUCGUUGACGUUGGGGAUACGUACCAUGUGUGGGGCACUGGGAGAAUGGCUUGUCCCGGACGGUAUUACGCAGCCGCUAUCAUGAAAUUGAUCGUAGCGCAGGUCAUUCAAAACUACGACUGCUCGCUUGCCGAUCCGGAGGCACUUCGGUGGUGGACUUGGCGUUCCAGCAUGCUGCCCAAAGAAAGCACUAUGAUCAUUUUUCGACCUCUUUGAGCGAGCGACCCAUUCCGCGCAGCGCAGCCAAUGAGAAGGAGUCCGAGCAGACUGCCCCAUCCUACGUCUGCAGAAGUAACAGAACGAG